CGUGGAACGAAUGGAAGGCGAGAAAGACUAGGAGGUUGUGUUUGUGGCACACAAGGCUGUCGGUGGAGGACAUGCGGACGCAUACACUAGCAGUGAGGAGCGCAGCAAGCAUGUGUGUAGGGGUGUGAUCGGCAUUCCGUCCACAACCAUGUUGUGUAGGUCUGCGAAUGGUUGACGUUUGAACCGAAAAGGAAACAAAAUGCAGCCAGACGUCUGGCAAGCCUGUCAGCGACCGUCUGCUGUUCUGCAGUGAGCUCUGGAGAGACUUUCAAUUCGGUAUCACAGCCGCCUGAUGUGGUGUCAGCAGGGCACCAGUCGAAAGGGCAAACCUCGGAGUGCCACGGUCAGCACACACACUCCUGGCUCCACUCACGAGCUUCCUCCUGAUUCAAGCAAGGAAAGAAAAAGGUGGAGGUUAAGCUCUCCUGUGCCCUUUAUCUUGGAGCAAGGGACAGCCAAAAGCACACCUGUGGUACAGAGCUACGGCUCUAACUACGGCAUCAGAAGCCCGGCCAUAUCCAGGAGUAUAUCUGUGCCUCCAGACACAGAGGGUGAGCGAGAGAGAGAGACAGGCUUAGGGGAGGGCCAUGAUGGAGAAGUUGGAGCACGCUGUCUCUCCCCCCCCCACACUCCCGGUGGUUGACCCCCUCACCCCUCCCCACACUCUGUCGCCGUGCACCAGCAGCCCCUCGGCUAACGAGACUAACCGCACAGAGAGCCACAUCGGCACGAGCCCCGGUAGCCCUGCCGUGGAGCACCCUUUGGAGCAACCUCCUGAGCCAAUCAGUGCGGAGGACGAACCGGCGGCUGUGCAGCCAGCCACGCCGCCCCAGCUGCCGGGGGCCACGCGCGUGACCGCCCCUACCACCUCCACCAUCACGCCGUCCUCUACGCCCUCCUCGACCACCGCCACGCUGCCACCCAACAUCCCUGUCAUCAGCCUGGCCCACAGCAAGCCUCCUCUGCCCCAGCUGACUGCCCUGCACCCCAUUCCCCACCUGCCCCAUGGCCCAGGAGAGAUCAGGCUAGCCCAGCUGGCCUCUCUCUCUGGGGCUAAUCCAACAUCCACCGUGGCCCCGCCUGGAGCUCUCCUGUCGCACCAGUUCCUGCCUACACAUCCGCUGCUCAACAGCUCCUUCCUUGGUGCCUCUGGUAACUAUGGUCUAUUCAGCAACAGUCGACUUAAGAGAAGGCCACCGGCCCAUUUUGACCUGGACCUCACUGAGUGUCCUCCGCAGAAGCUGGCCCGUCGCGUCUUCACAAACAGCCGCGAGCGCUGGCGGCAGCAGAACGUGAACGGCGCGUUCUCCGAGCUGCGCAAGCUCAUCCCCACGCACCCGCCCGACAAGAAGCUCAGCAAGAACGAGAUCCUGCGUCUCGCCAUGAAGUACAUCAACUUCCUAGUCAAACUGCUGAACGACCAGUCCGGCGGCAGGGCCGAGGAGGGCGGUGACGCGCCGGGCAACUGUGAUGGUGACCGGCUCACCCGCCAGAAGCCCCCUGCGGCCCGCGCCGCUCUGGCCACGGCCCUCCGCGACAGAGACUCCACAGACUCCAUCAUCGCCUUAACCACGUCGCCAGGGUCCAGUUGCUAUGGUGACACAGACAGUGAGGAGACACUGGUUCUGCAGAAUCCUGACAUCAUAAAUGCAGGUGUGAGCAAGGGGAUGAUGGAGAUGAAGGAGCAGAUUCAGACUGUUACAGUGAGCGGAUACCAGCGGUGACAUCACCUAUCCCAUGGGCUUCAUACGUGCCAAACACUGGAGCACUCUGGGAAAUGACGAACUGACAAAGAGGAACAAUUGUUCCAAAGAUAACUGUGUAGUAUGAGUGUAUGUGGAUGGUUUUUGUGGUAUUGUGCUAUUAUUUUUAUAAUGACUUUUAAACUUUAUUUUGGGUUUGCUGUGUCUCUACACCCAAACUAAACAUCAGUGGGGACCUUUCUGAGCCCCUGAUCCUGAUUUCACAGUAAAUGUGAUGCCACGGCAUUUUGCUAGUUCUUCAUUUGGGUUUCCUCUAUCAGGGAAAAAAGAACAAGCUUUGUAUUUUUGAAGACAUUGUGACAUUCUGUAUCGUAGACAGCAGGAAUAAAUAGAAAUUCUGGGUUUGUG